AUACCUCAACUGAAUGAGCGUCAUAUUGUACGUAAUGGAGUCGAUGUUCUGUUGAACAUAGUUUUUCUUACAACAAAUAGUGUUUUCUCGAGAAAAAUCACAUAAAAGUUUGUGUUAUUGUGCAUUAUUGGAUUACAGUGAAUGAUAUACCACGAUUUAUGGAUUCCAUCGACAGAAUUAUCAACUCCAACAACCUCACCCGCCUGUCAAUGUCUGGCGAUUGGUGCUGUUCGAAUAUAAAUCUGUUUUGCGGACGUGAUUGAUAGAGCCAGGCCUGUCGACGGGUUAAUGGUUUUGCGAGGGCACUUGGAUUGCGGAUUGCAAUCAAAUGAAGGUAUGGCUUCCGAUCAGCCCGUCAAGAAGAAGCAGCGUAUAGACGCGCCCGACAUCGACGAUGGCAGCGACAGGUCGGCGGAGGAGAUCACUGAUAUAUUUGACUCGGAAACUUCUCCAGCAGAGCCAUCAGAUGACUUCCCUCGACAUGGUGAGUCUCCCGACAGCGGGACCGUUAGCGAGGACGCCGUGGACUGCUCGACCAUCAUGCGGCUACCUAGUGAAGAGAUAAUACCAUCCUGUUCAAGCACAACCCAGCAAUGGACAGUAGCUGAUGACAAACUACUUGCUGAGCUAAGAAUUUUACAAGAAAACCUUGUAGGUCAGUGUCUUUGCACGGUAGAGGAACAUAAAGUCUCACAAAUGUUCGAUAGACGGCUUAACAUUGUAUCAUGGCCGUUGACAUGCUCAUUGACUUACUUAUCCACAAUGCAGCUAAUGUUUGACAUAUAUUUAAAACAAAAUAAUACAGGUACAAUAUGUUCAAAGUUAAUGCAAGCCUGUGACUUGCUUGUAAGAAACAGGCAUGAUUGGAUUACAGAGGUUGUGGAACUUGCUGACCAUAAAAGCAAAUUCAUAACAUUUGUGGCCAGUAGAGUGCUAGCAAGCUUUCUUAUAGUCGCUAAAGACACUGUUGAUGAGAACUGGCUCCAACAGAUCGCAGAAAACAUCUACCUUUUUGAUAGAAUUAAUAGAAUAACAGUACAAAAGAUUAAUUUUAGUCUUGAUAUAAUUAAAAGGAUAGUUGAAUGGAAAGAUGUGGAACAGCAUCCGUUAGAAGAUAGCAAUUACAUUAACUCGGUGGGCAACAUGCAUGUUCAGGAAGACAACCCGUUCAGGAGUAGCGUCGGUUACAGUAGUACAAGUCAGGUGCCAUCCAGCUCUCAUGGAGACAAUCUCCAUAAUGAGUUUUCCAAUCUUCAAACACAUAGUGCACCUUCAACAUCCUCAGGUGAAAAGCCUGUCGAAGCCAAACCGGCUACAUUUAAACUUCAUGAGCCAGUGCUAAAGUUCCCUAUGGAUCAGCAAGUUAGUGGGAUUGAGCAGCCAGAAUCCCCAGAGCCUCCAGCAUCUAGGAUGGAACGGGUCAAUGAGAAUGGUUGUGUCACAGUCAUCCUAACAGACUCGGAGUCAUUUGACACCUCACAUAUCAAAUGCUUGACUAUCAAAACACUAGAGCAGCACUGGCCUGUCCUAGUUAAAAACAUGAAGCUCCUACUCCUCCGGUACCUGAAUUUAGCAAAUGCUGAAAACUGUAUACUAACAUUUUUCUCACUAUGGGAAAAUAUUAUUAGUGUAAAAGCCAACCUCUCAGUGAUAGACACUAAGCCAUUUUACGCCGAUUUGCAGGGUUUUGUAGACUUAUUAAGGAACACCAUUCUGCCCAGCAUGGUAUACACGCAUUUAUUAAGUUUGUUUAAUGAAGUUUUAUGCUAUGGCUCCACAUUGGCACUACAAGAUAUUUUGCCUGAAGAGAUAUGUUGUUUGGCUCACUCUAUUGUCCGAUUUGUGAAAGACUUCAGGCUUUUAAAUGAUGUUAGAGUCCGAAACAGUAGAAGUGGUUUUGGCUUCCUAGGAAAUGAAUGCACUGUUCUCAGGGACUACUCUCUAGGCCCCACGGUUACGCCACUUUCAGCGUCCAUACAACUGGUAGAUCAAAGCUAUGGGGAUGAUGAAAAUGAUGACUCUAAUCAGUCUAGCACCGAAGUAGACAAAACUAUGUUACAAAGAAUGUCUCUCUUAGUUCUGAAAUCCAUAGCAGUAACGGUUAAAGAGAUGAGAUGCGAUUCCUCAGAUUCCUCUAUUGAUUCUUCUGAUUACAAUGCUAUACAAGACAUGCAAAUAGUAGAAAGGUCUAUACGCGAUGUCUUGAAAAAACUAGAUGUUUUUAUUAGAAACACCAUGGAAUUUCACCCGGAGACUCCUUUCACUAAAAUGCUGAUACAUUUAUUUAGUGAACAGGAUGACUACCUAAUUGAAUCUAUGGUGUGCACUUUGGAUAUAACAGUCGGGAUAGUAUAUAGGAAUUCCAUGUACCCUGACUUAAUACCUAUGCUGAACCCUAUAGCUUCCUUUAUCGAGUUCUUGAAAGUAGUGUCACAUGACAGUGAUGUGUUGCUAGACUAUUUGGUGAGCAAUGAGACAUGUUUCUUGCUGUAUUUGCUUCGGUUCCUCAAAUACGUUAGGCGCAACUGGCCGAAGUUCAUAGAAACGUGUCAGCACACAGACUCCGCUGGAAGCAGAGGCCUGGACGACACUAUGAGGGUUUUAAUACGGCUCAGAUUGCAGAUCAGUAGACUGGUAUCGAGAUCUUUGUUCCCGUAUAAUAUUAGCCCGGUACUGAGACUGUUGGAGGUAUGUGAGAGUCUUUAUGAAGGCAAUGAAUUGAGCUGAAGAUUAAGUUAUUCACUUAAUCUGAUGUGUAUUUUCUAACUUCAAUUAGCCCUAUGCAUUAUGCAUAAUCUGCAUCGAAACGAGGGCAUUAGAACUUAUAUCCUUUUCCAAAUAGUUAUGGAUGAAAUAGAUAAAAUCUCUCAGAAUUGCUAUAAAUCUAUGAAAUGAAAUGGAAAUGAGUAAAAUUUAAAAAUAAAAGGUAAAAGAACCAAUUGGAAUAAUCUAAAGACUGCAAACCAGAAAUAAUACAUUCCAAAAUGUCUUACUUGUUAGAAUUAGUCUGAAGUUAAUUUAUAUCAACUGUAAUUUGAUGUAAUUUAUGUAGCUUUUCUUAGUUUAGGUAAUAUAUUGCUUGUAUGUCUAUUUUUAUUAUCAAAAGUCUUCCUUUAAUAUGGGCCAAUGUUUUUCACUAAAUUGACGAUUUUUUAACAGAAUUCAUAUUAAAAAAAUACUUUAAACAAUUUUAUUGUAAUGGCUUUCGUAAACUUCUGUAAAUAAACUUUUGUGACAAAUCUGUUAAGGCUGGUCCACCUUGUUAAAGAUUUUGAAGUGAAAAACAUGCGAAACGCUCAAUUAUGUGCCUUAACGUAAUAUUAUUAAAGGUGCUUUUAAUCUAAUUUGAAAGUGUUUUUGCACAUACAUAAAGUAUACAAACAAAUGCAUUUUUAUUUUGCAUAAUAAUUAAAAAUAAAUAAAAUAUAUUCGUAUAAUUUAAGCUAUAUUUUAGAUUUGAAAAUAAUGAUAGGUACAUAAUGGUUGUACUAUAAUAGUUAGUUGUAAGUAAGCAUAGAACCAUGCGGGUGUAUAUAACAUUUUACUAAAUUAUAUUUCAUGCCACAAUGUUGUAAAUAUCGCCAUCAUUUACCAUAUUAUUAGUAACUGUAAUAUCAGUAUUAAAGCAAUGCUCUAUUUAUUAUUUAAGGUGUGGUGUCGGUUGGCAAACUAAAGUGAAAUAGGUGUAGAAAUCAUCAUCCAUCCGUCCUAAUUUUACCUAACUGACUGCCAUCUGACCUUCAAACCGAAGGGUACCUAAGUUCAGAUGUAGUGUGAAAAGGGUUUCCUUAGUAUUUUUCCGGAAAUGUUCAAUUUUGUCAUGCUAGUUUCAAUGUCAAUACAUCUUGUACUGAGACUGACUGAAAUAGCAUGACACGUUCGUACGUUUCCGUAACGAUACGAAAGGCAAAUCUUUUCGCACUAUUGUAGGCCUUAUUGGGAUUGGUUUCCUCACGAUGCUUUCACCGAAAAGCGACUGGGGAAUAUCAACUGACGGUAGGUAAGAAGUGUCAAUCAAAAUAUGUUUUUCGCAUUUUGACACGCCUAUAACUUCUUCUGUUUGCCAUCUCAUAUCACAUCAUCACUUUGACUACGGGAUCUUUUUAAGAUAUACAUAGUUGUAGCUUUAAGAGUUAGGGAACAACAUACAGACUGGUUUUAUAAUGGUAUAUCUAAGCGUUUUCGUCAAGAUCUAAAAUCAAGGGAAACUUAUAUUUUUAACAGUAAAAAAAGCUUUUUAUGUAUGCUUAGAAUCUCAAAUCAUAUUUAUUUAAAUCAUCUGUAUUGUUAAACGAAUAUUACGCUUUUGAGUUUCUGUGACCCCUCUAAACGACAGAUCUUGCCAAUAUUGUCCUAAAAUCUGUCAAACUACCGUCAUAAAAUAUUUUUGGAUUCGUAUUUUGUAAUUUCUUUUGAAAAAUUCUAAAUUUUGUAUCGAACUAAGUUAUCAAUAAGUUGUUAUUGUUAAGUAACAAUAAUUUAACAUCAAUAAAGCGAAAUAUUUUUA